AUUUCAACAGUUUCGGCAAUAUUUUACUAAAAUAUAUCCCAUGGAGAAAUUAAAUGACGAUUGUGUGUGCCACAUCCUAGAGUUUCUGCCACUGACGGAGCAGAUCAAGAUGGCCCGCCUGGCGCCACGGUUCCAAGACCUCCUCCAGCUGAUGGUUUGGCGGAAACCUCGCUACCGGAAGGUUUCCGUGUCCGAUACCAUGCUGGAGCCCCUCAGCAAAGAGGAUUACAUCUAUUUCUUCGAACUGAUCAGCUCGGCAAUGGAGGAGCUGUACAUAUGGAAUGUCCACAAAAAGGCCUUCGAUUCGUACCUGGGUCGCCACCUUAUGCGCCCCGAACUGAGCUUCUACCUCCGGCGAGACUUCUCCAACUUGAAGGAGCUGUGUAUCGCGGAUGACAGUAUGAAUAAUAGCAUGAUCAACACAAUAUCAAAGAACUGCCCGCAGCUCCGUAGCCUAAGUGUCUCCAGUGCCUACAUAACUGGAAAGUAUGUGGUGAACUUGGUCCACCUUGAGACCCUAGUGGCCCGUGAGUGCUCCGUGGAGCUGGAUCUCCUAGCGGACAUUCUGGAGCGGCUCUCUCUUAAGCACUUGGACCUUACUGCAAACCGGCAUCCAGUAGAAGAAACGCUGUUGAAGGCGAGGGGCAGCCAGCGACUGGAACGUCUCGGACUGUCCGAUGCCCAAGACUAUGGCUUUCCGCUCGCAGACCGCCUGCCUCAGUUGACCACACUGGUGGUCAGCUACACGAAAAUAAGCCCCCAAGAACAAAUGAACAUGCUGGAGACGACACGACAAAGGGCGAACGGCUCAGGUGGCAGGUUUCCCAAACGAAUUCAGUCCAUUCUGUGCAAUGUCGUUGAUGUCGAGGUGGCUCUGGAACAGAUCGCAGGCCUUGAGAAACGCCAGCCCCGAGAUGCGCCAAAGUUCAAUGAGCUGCUAAAGAUUAUGUAUUUCCUAGAGAAGCCGCAGGACGGCGAUAAGAAACUAGCUUGAGAUUGGCCCACACACGUUGGCCUGUGAACAUCGAAAAUAGCUCUACUUGAUGUCACCUUAUUGAGGAACUGGUGGAACUGAUAUGUUUAUCUGCUUCUCAUUUGGGGUAAUUAUGUGUCUUUGCUGAUAAGGCUGAAAGUUUUCGGGGGUAUAGUUUUUGUUUACAAACAAGAUUCAGGCGGCGCCAGUUGAAACUAUUAGACCCGUGAGAGAAAAUAGCUCUGCUCUUAAAAGAAAUAUUUAUUUAUACUCUUCGGGAGGGUAUUUGCCUUCAA